UAUUAUACUCUUCUAUACAACCAAAAAGACAACUCUCCAAAAGUUCCAACUUUCUCUCGGGUUGUUGCUUCUGGUACCCUUGUGGCUGCAUUCAUUAUCUUUCUUAAGAAAGAUAACAAAGGCACAGAAUUUCGUCCAGCUGAUGUUAAGGUUACCUACACGCUGUUUGCAGUUGGCCUACUUUUGGAUUUCAUAUCCAUCCUCUUGUUUCUGUUCUCAGACUGGACAUGUGCUACACAUAGUAGCUUGAAGGACGAUCCAGAAGAGCCUCUAUCAUUCAAAGAUAGAACUUUCGACAAGUUACUUGGUUUAAGAAAGCUACAUUGGACGGAGCAAGUGUGCACGCAUAAGUGUACCACAGAAGGUAAGAAACCCUGUAUCACGGAACCUAAUGGUAAGUCCUACCAAAACAAAAAGGAAGGUAAUGGUAAGUGUUCAAUAGAACAGACGCAUCAAGUGCUCACGACGACAUUCUUUCUCCGGAGGUGGUGUGGAAGCAUCAACGUAUUCAACUUUAUAGCUUUUGCCACAAAAGCAGAGGUAGUGAGGAUCCACGAUGCCAGAGGUGAUUUCCGCCGCAUCUCAUGGGUGAUCAUAUCUUUCCUAUUUAUAAAAAUUAACUGGGUUAUCCAGAAAGUUGUUGGAUGGAUUGCCGACGUGAUCAAUGAUGUGCACAGAUGGAUCAGUCACAAAGUCAAUGCGUUUUCAAGAAGCCGUCCAUGGGCUCGUAGUACUAUCCACCCUAUCUAUUUCGAGUUCAUAGCCCGCAUCCCACAUUUCAUCAAAUCUGUGUGGGAUAUCCUCAGCGAGUUCUUCGACAUCUCGGAUACACUUGAUAUGGUCCAUAAGACGCUAUUUGUACACGGAGAGCCCUUGACGAAAGAAUUGUGGGAGUUCAUAUUCAAAGAGCUGAGAAACAAAUCAAAGUAUGGAGACAGUCCUGAAAAUGCCAAGAGGAUAUCUUUGGCUCGAGGAGAAUGGACUUUAAGAGAGAACCUGCCAGCGGAUGCAGAACGUGAAAAACUGGUACGUUAUGUCACAAAGGUUGAUUAUGAUCAGAGUCUUUUGAUGUGGCACAUUGCAACCGAGCUCUGUUACCAACAACACGAGGAUGAGACUAUCCCAAAGGGUGAUGAUGAAAAAAAGGAGCAUUACAGUAACCGCGAGUUCAGCAAAAUCAUCUCAGACUACAUGAUGUAUCUACUGAUCUUGCAACCCAGUCUGAUGUCCGAGGUAGCUGGAAUUGGGAAGAUAAGAUUCAGAGACACAUUGGCUGAAGCUGACAAGUUUUUCGAGAGGAGGCAUAUCGAGGACAAGAGAAGCGUGAAGAUAGCCACCGAAAACAUUCUGAACGUCAACAGUGAAACUGACCCAAUGAGCGUGAAGGGAGAUCGAAGCAAGUCUGUGUUGUUUGACGCGAGCAGGCUAGCCAAAGACCUUACAGAGAUGGAGAAGACACACAAAAAAGACAAAUGGGAGAUACUGAGCAAAGUGUGGGUGGAACUUCUCUGUUAUGCAGCUUGUCACUGCGACGCCACGGCUCACGUGGAGCAACUAAGCAGAGGCGCUGAGCUCAUAAACUUCGUGUGGCUUCUAAUGGCUCACUUUGGACUAACAGAUCAGUUCCAGAUCAACAAAGGAGAUGCCAGAGCCAAACUCAUAAUAGGCAAGUGAGUGAACAAAAUCCAACUCUGCAUUUGUACUUCUUUCUACUUUUUUCAGCUCAAAACAAUGAAUUCCUUCCUGCAUAGAGAUGACGACAGACAUUUGUAUGCUUUUGUGAUUGAAAUAUCCCAAAAUAGUUUUCAUA